ACAGGUAAACUGGAAGCCAAGGUUUGGCAAAUUUGUUAUGCAGCUAUCAGGUGUCAACGGGGGACUGUCGUCUACAUUGCUGUAAUUGUAUUUUUUGUACGCUGAUCUUAAUGCGAUUUGCUAUUACGAUGUUAAAUCUAGAUCUAGUAUUUAAGUAAAUAUUGUUGCCUGCGAUAAACACCGUUGCCGGCUAACACAACAACGUCGAUGAAUAAAAUGGGUGAUUAGAUAUUAUUAUCAACUGAAGUUGUUUUGGUUGCGAUAAGAAUUGGAUACAAUCUUGAAGUUGUUUGUUUAUAUUCAUUUCCGCAUAGAACCUAGGAAAGAUGGAUUUACUCUACUCUUUGGCCGACCCAGUAUAUGUCGCCAAAUUUCAGCGCCUGUGUGGUAUAGAGACAGAAAAACCAGAGACCUGCGACCAACAUACACAGACCAGGAAAGCCCCUUACGAGUCAAGUUCAGAAGAAAGCAGCGUAGAACAUGAGGAAUGUAAUAGCAGAUAUAAACAGGAACAGGUCUUUGUUGACAACACGGACACUUAUGGCAUCUCGGAUAAGGGCUUAUUUAGUAACAACCAAACACAGCCGUUAGAGAAAGAUGAUUGGCCCAGACAGCGAAUCUUAUAUAAUAACAAUGAAAUGAAGGAAAAUGAUAAAAACUUAAUUCUUUCUAAAAAAUUAAAAUUAAAGUCUAAAAAUGGCUAUGCGCUAAUUGAACCGACUAGACGAGUUUGCGGAAAAGGAAGCAUCUUUGAAAGUAGCAAUCCGGAUAUUUUGCCUUCAGAUUUUUGUGAAGCUUCUCUCAAGACCAAAUCAAUUCCAGUAGUGCACAUCAAGUACAAAUCUUUGUUUUACCUUGCUAAGUUUGGAGCAUUUCUUGGGAAUGAAGGAUUUUAUCUCACAUUUUUUCCCUUUUGUCUCUGGAAUUUGGAUGGACUGGUUACUAGACAGACAGCUUAUUUGUGGUGCAUUGUGAUGUACCUUGGACAAGCAACUAAAGAUUACCUCUGCUGGCCUCGUCCACCUUGUCCUCCUGUUGUUCGAUUGGAAACAGACUACCUGCAGGAAUAUUCCAUGCCCUCAACUCAUGCUAUGGCAGCUACAGCAAUUCCUUUAUACCUUGCUUACAUUACAGUACAAAGAUAUCAGGUGCCUGUGUACAUUGCUGCAUUCAUAGCUUUUCUGUGGUUUUCCAUUACAUGCUUGAGUCGGAUAUAUCUUGGUGUCCACACCUUCUUGGAUCUCUUGGCUGGAUGCUUAUAUGCCAUUCUAAUAUUUUUCUCCUUUACAAAAUAUGUGGAAGAUUUUGAUGUUUACCACCAGACCCACCUCUUUGCCUCGCUCAUCGUGCUUUUUACAGGCUUGGCUCUUUGUACCGUGUGCUACCCUUCUAACUUCAAGAGUUCCAGUAAAGGGGAUGCAGUGCAAAUUGUGGCCUCACUGACUGGUGUGGCUAUCGGAAUGUGGCUGUGCUUCCAGCUUGGAUAUUCUCAGCAGACUGGUGCAGAAGGUCCUUACUCUAUAACCAGCCCAACUUUGACCUGGGUUGGUAUGGCCUCUCUAAGAUUCAUUACUGGUGUGUGUAUAAUUUUUGGUGUGCAUUCCAUUACAAGAAUUGUAACCAUCCAACUCUUCUCAUCAUUCUUUGGUUUAGAGAAGCCAGACAAAACACACCCAAGUGUCAUGACUGGUUACAAGUUUACAACAUACUGUAUGGUUGGUAUAUGCAUUUCUUUUUUUGUACCAGUAAUUCAUAUGUACUUUGGAAUCCAUAGACCAGCAGUCUUUCUAGAAAUGUCUUGAUCUAGAAGAAAUUUACUUUUAUAGCAAUUGUUAAAUAAUACUUUUUACCUGAACACAAUAAUGAGUCAAUCUAUUUUAUUUCAUUUUUUACAAAAAGCCUCAAUACAAAAAAAUGAAAGUCAGGUCUUAUGCUGUGUAUUAUGUAAAAUCUAAUGUGUUGAAAAAUCUAUAUGUCAAAAGAUAAUUAAAAACUAUAUUGGUAGCAAUAUUGACUAAAAUUGACUAAAAAAAAAAGAAGAAGCAACAAACUAUUUUAUCUUGUGGGAGUAGUUCAACUGUUAACAUUUUGAACAUAUUUUUGUUAUGAAAAGGAUUUGUUUUCAUUUGUUUUCACAAAAUGAGAAUGUAGGAUAAGAAUAUGAUCUAGUCUAUUUUUUUAUUUGAUAUAUAAUGAAGACUCAAGUACUAAAAGUUCUGAGUUUAAUUACACUAUAUUUAAGAUGAGAUCAUCAAAGAUUAAUUUUAGAAAUUUACAUAAUUUUUUCCCUCUUUUUAAAAAUUGUGAAUUAAAUACUUUUAGCACAAAGCUCUUCAAUGAUGUGCUAGUAGUACACUAUUUCUUGUACAUAAAGAUUUUGCACCUCAUAUUCAAAUAAGUAUCUAUUAAAAAAAAACUCUUGUAAAAAUGACUAUAUUUAAACUAUUUUAGUAUCAGAAAGCAAAAUUAGGAUGAAAAAAAAAAUGUAUUUAUCAAAUUUAAGAUAAUUAUUCAAUUUUUGCACAUUUUGUAGUGAUAAUAAAAAAAAAUAUUUGCUUAGGACAAAUGAAAUAUUUUCUUAUAUGUUCCGGUAGUAGUUCUUUGGCUACUAAUGCUGUUAUGAAAUUAUUUAUUCUAAAAAAAACAACAACUAAACAAAUAACAUACAAGUUACUUAUUUACAUUUUAUAGUUUUUUAGGGUAUGCAUUUUCUGUUUAAAGAAAUAGUUCUGGAAGUACUCUUAUUUAAGAAUUAAAGUUAAUAUGAAGUAGCCUAAUUAUCUUCUCCUUUGUGAGAAUGUUUGUAAUUUAUAAGAUGAGAUGUGUAAUUAGUAAAAUUGUCUUCUUAUUAGGUGGUAAUAUAUAUGUGUUUAGAUAAAUAAAACUUAAAAUGUAAAAUACAAACAUUUUAAAAAUACUAAUUUGUUUAUGUGGUAAUAAUAACCUUAUAGUUAUGAAAGUCUUGUUAAAGGGGAAUAGAAGAAUUAAUGGAACAUGUACAUGUUUAUAUAUUUUCGAAGAUUUGCUUUUAAGAAUUUCUAUAUCGAACAAUGCUCAUUAUUAUUAUUUUCUGUUAUUGUCCUAUGAACUACAAUAGUGACAUUAGGCUGGAUAUGCAAGCAAUUAUUGACAUCCCAAGGGUGAUAUACCACUGAACUUCUUUGGAAUCGGUAAAGAGAAAAGCUGAUUUUAUUUUAGAUAAUUCGCUUUUCAGAUGAUCCCUGAUGUUCACUUGCUUGCUGCUGAUAAAAGGUUAAAAAAAAUCUUUCUGUAUGAUGGCCUGAUGUCACAAUACUUUUGUAAGUUUUAUUGUUGUAUUUUGAUAGCUAUGUAUUAAUCUAUUUAUGUGUUUAUUGUGAGCAAUCUUUUAAAUUCAUUUAUUGAUAGUAAUCUCUGACAAUAAUCAUUAUCAUCAAUUAAUUUGUACACAUAAUCUUGUGCCAAUCUAAACAAAGUAAAAUUUUGGGCCUAAUUUUGUCCCUAUGUUCUAGCCUUUGAUUUGAUGAUAAUAUUGACAUUUCUUAUAAAUUUUACUUGCAUAAUAUAUUAUUAAUGCAUAACUAAAGUUGGAGCUUUGAGGUAUUAUGCAAUGCAAAUUUUGAAUAAAUAGUGAUGAUAUUCCAUCUAUCAUUAUUUCUUAUACAUGCAUGACAUAGGAAACAGCUUUAUCCUAUACAUGUAUCACACAAUUGACAAGUGAUUCUUUCAAUGUAACAUUUUUUUUAAUUUGGAAAAGGAAGAAUUUAUAUAACAGUAUUUUUCAUAUUGAAACAAAAACAACCUUAAAGUCGUUUACAAAAAAAAAUAUUUUGAUAUAUCAGUAAUAUGUAUAAAUGUGUUUGGAAUAACUCAUUUUGUUUUGGAGGUCAAAUAUCACAAGAAAGCACUAUUAUUUGUGCUAAGGUUAAAGAAAAAUAUAAAGUUGUUAUUGAAUGUUUUGUCUAUUACAGCAAAUAGCCUAUGGCACACCAGUGACCAUUCUUCUUCUGUGUUCUCAAGUGACCAGAUGAUAAAUAUUUUGUGAUAUUAUUUCUAUAAUAUUUCUGGUUGUGCACUCAAUAUAAAGCAUACUUUAUACAUCAACAUGUUUUAGUCAUUUCAAUACAUAUAUUGAUUGGAUGAUUAACAUUAAUUAUUACAUGUAGUAUUUGCUGUAGCUUUUUUUUUUUUUUAAAUCAUCAUGAUAUCUGAGGGUAUGGGUUAACUGCUGAAAUGCUGUGUCUCUUAAUGAGCAUUUUAUUCAGGAGUGCAGGUGAACUCUGAUUUCACCUGAUUAUUUUGAAAGUCAUUUGAGGAAUGAUGUUCUAGCCACACAAUAUCCUAGUUAACUGUUGGCCACAGAAAUGAAAUUUCUUUGUCUACCCAAUAUUUAACGAAUUUCCAAGAAAUAGCUAAACUGUUUGUGAAUGCUUGAUGUUAAUCCAUAAACAUAGAAUUGAAUUUAGGUGCUGAAACAAAUGUGAUACAUACAUAUAUUACAAAUAGAGCUAUUAAUUUAUGUUUGAUAUAUGUAUGUAUCACAUUGAUGUUAAUCCAUGCUGGUAUUUUUGAGGGAAUCAAUGCAUAAAAAAAGAGAAAAAAACAACAACAAAAUUUUGCACUUAGCUUUAACAAAGAAUGACUUCCAGGAGUUGAUAUUUUUCUGUCCUUUCAGUUGAGUGCCAUCUAUACUAUGUUUUAUAGAUAUAUUUAUAUAUAAAAAGUGCAAUUGGUUUUGGCAGUCUAGUAUUCUGCAAUUCAUUUGGAAUUCUUAAGUGUUAAUAAAGACAAACUGUUGAUUAUAAUUUAAAUGCAUGUUAUUUCAUAAAAUGCUUUUAAAACAUUCCAUUUUUUUAAAAAUAUUACAUAUUUGUUUAAAAAUUUAUACUUUGUAGUUAAUUUUGUAUUACUGUAGAAACGAAAGCCUUCUUUUAUUUCUAUUUUUUUGCAAUUAUCCUGGAUUAUACACAAAAUACACUGAUAAAGCAUUUAUUUUGAGAAACAAAAUUCCCUUUCUUUAUGUUACAUAAAGUUUGAUUAAUUUGAUCAGAGCCUGAUUUUCUUAUUUUACAAAACCUAAUACUGUGUAUUAAUUAAUGUUUUUGUAAUUAGUACAGCAGCUCUUUUUUAUAUUUCUACAAUUUACAGCAACUAUCAAUAAAUAUUUAUUGACUUGUCUUUUAAUGUUUUGUUUGUGAAGAAGCUUUGUCUUGCUAAUUUUUGUCUUGAUGAUUUGAAAAUAAAAAAAAAAAGUAAUUUAAGUUUU